CGCCUCUGUUUGUAUACAGUGCGCUCUCCAGUCAGCAGGGCUCUGUCCUCUCUCCCUUCAUUGUUCCCUUCCCGGCAGAAGCCCCUGCAGCAGCAGGCGCCGGAGGAGGCGGCUGUCACCAGCCCACUGGUAGACAGAGGGGAGCGCCACACACCCAGCCAGCUCCCGAGCGCAUCGCCGGACCAGCCCCUGCUCUGCAAGCCGUGAUGGACUUGCAGCGCUCAGACUGUGAGCUGCUCUGCCUGAUUCCGGGAUCUUAUUAGUAGGGGAAGAGGCAGAACUCAGCCACCCGCCAAGAGAAUUAGCCUUAUUCCAAGGAACCUCCAGGAAGAGGACAUCUUCUUGCUGAGUCGCCUGGUGGAAGGUUCCCCCUUUCUUCCUCCUUCUUUCCAAACGAACCCCCCCCCGCCCCCUGCCUGGGCUCGCCCCUGGGGGGAGGAAAAAGGAUCACGAUGAGCCGCUUGCUGGUCGCCUGGCUUUUGCUCUGUUUGAGCCUCGGGGGGCCGCAAAUCACCCAAGGAGAUGUGUGUGAUUCCAACCCCUGUGAAAACGGUGGCAUCUGUUUAUCUGGGUUGGCUGAUGACUUCUUUUCAUGUGAAUGUCCCAGUGGCUUCACAGACCCCAACUGUUCUAGUGUUGUGGAGGUUGAAUCUGAGGAAGAGGAGCCAACUUCAGCAGGACCGUGCCUUCCUAAUCCCUGUCAUAAUGGUGGAACCUGUGAAAUUAGUGAAGCGUAUCGAGGGGAUACAUUCAUAGGAUACGUCUGUAAAUGUCCAAAGGGAUUUAAUGGAAUUCACUGCCAGCACAAUGUAAAUGAAUGUGAAGCUGAACCUUGUAAAAAUGGUGGCAUUUGUACAGAUCUUGUUGCCAACUAUUCCUGUGAGUGUCCAGGUGAAUUUAUGGGAAGAAACUGCCAAUACAGAUGCUCUGGCCCCUUGGGAAUAGAAGGAGGAAUUGUAUCAAACCAACAAAUUACUGCAUCAUCCACCCAUCGGGCUCUUUUUGGGCUCCAGAAAUGGUAUCCGUACUAUGCACGACUUAAUAAGAAGGGUCUUGUAAAUGCUUGGACUGCUGCAGAAAAUGACAGAUGGCCAUGGAUUCAGAUAAACCUGCAAAGGAAGAUGAGAGUCACUGGAGUUAUAACCCAAGGUGCCAAGAGGAUUGGAAGCCCAGAAUAUAUCAAAUCUUACAAAAUUGCAUAUAGUAAUGAUGGGAAGUCCUGGGUGACAUACAAAGUAAAAGGCACCAAUGAAGAUAUGGUGUUCCAUGGAAAUGUGGACAACAAUACUCCGUAUGCCAAUUCUUUCACACCUCCAAUAAAAUCACAAUACAUCCGACUAUAUCCUCAGGUUUGCAGAAGACACUGUACUUUGAGGAUGGAACUUCUUGGCUGUGAAUUAUCAGGUUGCUCUGAACCUCUGGGGAUGAAAUCAGGGCAUAUACAGGACUAUCAGAUUACUGCCUCCAGCAUCUUCAGAACACUUAACAUGGACAUGUUCACUUGGGAACCUAGGAAAGCCCGGCUAGACAAACAAGGCAAAGUGAAUGCCUGGACUUCAGGUCAUAGUGACCAGUCACAGUGGUUGCAGAUUGACCUCCUUGUUCCUACAAAAGUGACUGGCAUAAUUACUCAAGGAGCUAAAGAUUUUGGUCAUGUACAGUUUGUGGGAUCUUAUAAACUUGCUUACAGUAAUGAUGGGGAGCACUGGACCAUCUACCAGGAUGAAAAACAAAAAAAGGAUAAGGUUUUCCAGGGAAAUUUUGACAAUGACACACACAGAAAGAAUGUCAUUGACCCACCAAUCUAUGCACGGCACAUAAGGAUCCUCCCUUGGUCAUGGUAUGGCAGGAUCACUUUGCGGUCAGAGCUGUUGGGCUGCACAGAAGAGGACUGAAGAGGAUCUCUGUUUGACAACACAAUUCUCUAUAUUCCUAAAAGUAUCUCUGUAGAAGAAACUGUGCAAAACCUGUAGGAAGUUGAAUGGGUUUUUCAUGAAAAAGUGCUCACUUUUUGGUAGGCCGCUAACUGUCUUUUGUAAGGAGGUCUAAGCCUGCCCUUUUAAGGAUCCAACCUGAUUCUGCCCUUUAAAUCUGUUACAGUAUUGUCCCUUUCGCUGUGCAAUUACCUUUCUCGUUUUCUUCUGAGUUGUUCACACUGGUUGAAAUGUGUUAGGGGAAGAACAGCAGCAUCCUUUUUACAAGGAAGGAGAAACGGCAUGAAAAAGAUCAUUUGCAGCUUUAGAAACACUGGGCUGACACAUUGUUUGCAAAUCGCACGGUCAUCUUACUUGCAAAAAGAGAUACUGCAGCUUUUAGCAAUAAGUUUUUCUCUGGGAUGACUGCAUUAUAUUGUUUCCCUUGUGCCUAUCAGACAUUGUCAGUAUUUAUGACACACAUUUUGGAAGAUACUCUGUAGUAUAUGGUACUAGUGAUGUUGCAAACUACCUUUCAUUACUUUUUAUUUAAACUACAGAGUCCAUGCAACUGCAUUUUGUUUCCAUUCAGUUUACUUUAUGUUAUGCAUGCUGUGGAUAUAGUCACUGUCUUUUUUACAUUAAUCUCAUUGCUAACAUUGUUUUCUUUAAAAGAACUGACCGUUUGUACAUGGAACAAAAUCUACUAUCAGUAUAUUACGGAGUUAAUGACUUUGUUAAAGCAAAGUUUAUGAAUUCAGUUUGCAAUUUUAUUUUUCAAGAAGGUGGAGAUUAGACACUGUGGACCAAAUUCAAGGCCCAAGUACUUUUAGCAUGAAAAUAGAUGCACAUUUAUGCUGCAAAAACAGCAUUAAUAGGCGCCCAUAUUCUGACUUGCUCAGGGGUAGGCAUGCAAUCUCCACAAAGCUGCCCAGGAGAUUACUUAUCUCAGAAGCCUCCUUAGUCUUAGUGAGGGAGGGUGCAUGUGGGAUCAGGGAGUAGAUGCUAAUAUACACGGCUCACUUUUCCUAGCCCCAGCACUGCCCUGGUAUAUGCUCCCUCUAUGGUGCUGGCCAGGAAGUUCCUGCAGAAUGAGAACAAAACAAUGUCAGAGGAGCAUGUAAAUGUUGGGCUCUUCAGAUCCCCUCCUGACUAUAGCAUGUCAGUGAGUAAUGUGAGGCCUGAAUUUGUAGCUGUUUGUUCACUGUAUGCCAUUGUUGCCCCUCUUCGAUCAAGUGGCUAUUCAAAGUUCAGGGCCCUGGCCACUGCGGAUGUUCCAGUAGGGAAUAGAAAUUGAUGUAGACUGAUAUUUUCUUUGACACAAUCUUUCUUAUUUAGAAGGAAUGUACAAGAUCCUGCUUCUCCGAAUGCAGGAGGAAUCCGAAUCAGAAACAAAAGAAUAGUUUCUUAGCUUACAACUCCAAGCCUCUUUAGUUAGCACCACACCCAUAAACCUCUCUCUCUAGCUUUUUUCCAGGGUCAUACACCUUGUUCACAGGCUGCUGUUUGGCAUUCUUCCAUUUUGCCUGUGUCUCUCUGUUUCUGUUCUCUGUGCUCCCUUCCCUCACACGCACAGACACUUCACCCAAACCAACACUCACAUAGCUCUUUUAUCUUGGUGAGGAGGAGGGAUUGUGAUUAAUUUAUCCUUACAGGUUAUGCUAAUUGAAGGGUGUAUUCACACCCAUCCACCUCGCUGGGCUUUUCAAACUAAGCUCAUAGCAAGAUUUCACCCAUCUCGUUCCAUUAUGCACAGAAUUACUUCCUUUUCUAGUCCCCCCAGAUAUGUUAUAUUAUGUUAACAACAUCCUAUUCAGAUAGGACCCAAUUCUAAGGUAUCGUCUGCAGGUGCAUAAGGACAAAAGCUGCUGAACAGCUGCAUGUCUGAUGCAUGGAGGAACAAACUCAGCCUACACAGGGGAAUGCUGUAAAUGGGGCAUGUCAGGAAUAUAGUCCACGGAUAGCACAUGACCCCAGAGCACUGUAAGAGGGGAGCGGCAGGCCACCCCCAUGACUCCCCCUCCUAUUGUGUAGUAGCUGGAUGCAGCCCAUGCACAUGUUCCCAGUGAUGUGCAGGCUAGUGUCCAUUAUGCUAGCUGUCUGUGAAAGUUUCACAUGAGCACAUCCCUCUUGAAGCCUGUGAGGCAAUGUAUGGGUAGAGCAUAAAACUGGGAAUCAGGAGACCUCUGUUCAAAUGCCAGCUCUGUUGCUUAUUCAUUGUGCAACCUUGGGCAAGUCACUUUACUUCUGCCUCAGUUUCCCUAUCAGUAAAAGGAGAUGAUGAUACUCACCUUCGUAAAGCAUUGAGUUCUUCAGAUUAAAGGUACAUGCCAAGUAGCAUUAUGUUAUUACUUUAUUCUCAAAUUCUUGGGGUGGGGAGGUGGUUUAGUUAUCUAAACUAACAUUGUUUAGAACAUUGGAUAGCUGAUUAUUUUCCCUGCUUUAAUUUCAUAACAUGCUGAUGUAGAUAUGUAGUGCUGCAUGUUUUAAACAAAUAAUGCUGAAUUUCUGUUUGUCACCAUUAGAUUUUAUUGAAGCUAUAACAUCAUUGAGAUAUGAACCUGGGCCUGCUUCCCAGAUAUACAAGUAGCCAUCCCAUAAUCUGCAAAGGGGAAAAUUUUACUUUAAAAACAAAACAGUUUGAAUUUCACAACCUGCAUAUAAUCUCUCAUUCUCCACAAAGAGAAAAUUUCACUUUGAAAGACCUUCAAACUUUAUGGGGAAUUUUUGAAACAAAAAUGUGUUACUGAUUUGUGGAGGUUUGCUUGACAGCACGUCUCCAAUUACUUGAAUUUUUAAAAAUAAAUAAAAAUUACUUAACCCUCAUGCUGUAUUUAUACAAGUAUUUAUUUUAUAAGGCUUAGACAUGGAUUUUCAAAGAUUUUAAUUAAGAGUCCUCUAAAGGUAAAAGAAAGUAUGUGUAAGAAAUGUUGAGGUCCUGUGCAACACUGCUAAGUUUUUGUUUCUUUUUUUUUUUUUGUGCUGCAUAACAAAAGCCACUAGACUGUUACCGUCUCGUCUGUAACUGUGUUAGCAGCAUUCCUUAAUGAUGUAUAUAUGGAGUGGUCUUCAAUUGUAGUGAACAAUUUGAAAGAGAAAGUCAAUCAUAAUGGCAUUUUUAAAGAGCAAAAACUGUUGGAAAAGGGGGGACUGGUAUAUAGUUAAAUUACACACUGCCCAUGUUUUGCACUUUAGGGUCUUCACAGAAGAGUUGUUGGGUGGUACUGUUUGAAUUUUUUCUGGCCUGAUAUCUAAAAGGGUCUCAAUUUAGCCUCCUACUUUGUGAGCACUAAUUUGUACCUGCAUUUAAUUGUAGGUAUAAAUAAUAGCAUAUAGACUUCUAUCUUACUUUGCCCCCUAAAUGAGAGGCCAUUUCUGAAAGUUAGUUCUCUAAGUCAGCAAUUUGUUUUAGUGUUGUUUUUUAAUUUAGUUGCCAUGUUCAUAAGUAAUUUUUAUAUGUUUACUAGUACUUUCCAUUUUUAAGUUUGGAUUUGAAUUAAUCUGUUUUGGCUCAGUGAUUAAUUAUGUUUCAAUUUCACCAGCACAUAAAAAAGCAACAUUAUGUUACAGAAUUUAGACUUUUCUCUUAUUUCAUAAUAUUUCAGAGUUGAAUUUUUCCAUCUAUUUAUUUUUGUCAGCCUUCCUCAAUUCAUUCUUCAGAGCCUGAAGAGAAAGCUCAGUACAUUGUGAUAGUGCUCUGUAAUGAUUUAUAAAUGAAUCAUAUAUGAUGCAUUUACAUUUUCAAAUGCUGUAUUGGGGAUUUUUCUAGUGACAUCAUUUGAUUUUUAGUUGCCGGAGAGCUUUCUUUAAACUGCAUUGUACAGCCAGCGAGUAAAUUUUGCUCCAAGUGAUAGCUGUAUAAAACUGAGAUAACUUCACUGACUCCUAUGAAGUUACUUCAGAUUUAACAUAGCAACUGAGAGCCAGGUUUGGCCCAUCAUUUAAGAUUUUUUUUUAACCCCUUUAUCUGCAUAAUAUUAAUUGACACUAAGGAACAAAUUCUACCCUGAUUCUACCAUUUGCCACUCUUAAAAGCAAUGGGAGUUCCAUACACAAAAAGAGCAGAGAAUAUGUCUUUCUAAGAAAGGUUGGAAAAACAUUCUGAAAUAAUCCUUAAUUUUUAUAUAAAUUGUAACAAUGACACCAAACUGGAGUGCAAUUGUUUUCUUAAUUAAAUUUCACCCUGAAUCAGUUAAAUAUAUGUAGGCUGGCUUCACCUUUCUAUAGCUCUAUGAUGUGCUAUAUAGCCUGAGAAAUAAAACAAGGCACAAAACUUAGUUUGAUCUAUGUUCUAUUAAGGGCUUAUCACGUCAACUGAUUCUGAUUUUUAGGUUGACUUUCUCUUUUGGAAUGACUGCAUACAAAUUAAUGUGAGUUUUGAAGACUAGGGAUACUAAUGAGUGUAUCUUUGCUAUACAACAAAUAUGAAAUAUAAUAUUCAGUGCUGGCUUCUGAUGUGUCAGUAAGUACAGAAGUAACUCAGACACAAUGACCUUUGCAACCUUUGAAGCUGUGUAACAUUCAAAUGUUUUUUUGUAUAUACUUUAAUCAUGUAGGAUGAUGUAAAAUCAGUAUGACCUUGUCUAGUCUUCAAACUUAACAAUAAAACUUUUGAAAAAUGAGUA